AGCCCUUGAUCAAGAUCUACUGGAUCCAGCCCUAGGACUAGAUCUUGGCAUCGGUGUCAGGCGUACUGUCACUCCAUGUCCACGUCCAGACUGCAAUUCUGGUUUGACGGAGCAUGAGGUGAUCAAAGUGUGUGACAAACUGGACCCAGCACUGCAACGACGGGACGUCACUCUGGCAGUGCAAUUUCAAUGACUACUAGUACUGAUCAGCAAGUUUCUACUCGCAUGAGACCAGUCCGGUGUUUCGGGUCUUUUGUAGAGGUUGCCUGCGGAGGAAAUUGCAUCAAUUCUCCUGCCCGGAACGCUGAGCGCUUAAACUUCUUUCAUCAUGUCGUGGUGCCUAACAUGUGUUCACUGGAUGGGAGUACGACCCCUCCUUCAUUUGUGGAGAACAUCGUACCAUGGAUUCUAUCAAACAUGGCUAUCUUCAUGGCUUGUUGCACCCAAUCCGCGGAGUCAGGCCUCCAACCACACGUCUCCUCUGAGACCCUUAGUAUCAAAGCCAGUGUUCUCCCACACAUGAACAAACGCCUAGAGGACGAGUUCAGCGUAGUAGCCGUAGAAAUACUACCAGCUGUAAUGCAUCUCGUCCUCGUUGAAUGGUGGCGGGGAAACACAAACAGCCUCUGGGCCCACCUGCAAGGAGCACAGCAAAUGCUCACAUUGUCUGGUGGGCUCGACGCCCUGAAAGACACUACGCUGCAGCAAAUUUUAAUCUUCACAGAUUUUGAAAUAGCCUGCUGUUUCGACCGCGAUUUGUGCUUUCAGGAUUCAGAUGUCGCCAAAGACAUGGAUAUCCCGCUACCUCUCGAAUACGAAGUUUGUUUGAGAAGCUCACUCCUAGAGUACACCACCACGUUCUGGGAUGACCGAGAAACCUGGAGAUAUUAGAUGCUGCAGCCCGGAUUUUGGAUGAUGUGCGUUGUUUGGUUAUCUCAGUAACUCCCUCAUCGGCAGGAUCUAACACUUCCACGAUAUAAACUUCAGCGGCCUGUAAGUAUUCUCUUUCCCUGCGCCUCAAAAGUUUCGUGCUCCGAAUAUGCCCGUCCGUGUUUAGGUGCAAUAGAUUUCGUAGCC